AUGCCUGCAGGCCCUUCCAUCGAAUCUGUGAACAGUACUAGCGCCUCCGACUGGUCACAAGAAGGUGACUUUGUAAAGGGGAUGAAAAUAACUGCUUUAGUUUUUCUCAUGCUGUCGUCUAUGUUGGGCAACGCUUUGUUAAUCGCGGUCGUGUACAAAAACGCUAAUCAAAGAAUGAGGACUCCAAGUAAUUACUUCAUCUUUAACAUGGCCUGUGCUGAUGUUUUGCUCACUGUAUACGCCGUUCCCGACAGUAUUGUCGACACUGCAUAUAGCCACCAGUGGCUUAUCACGGGAGUCGCGGGCGAACUGCUUUGCCGUUUAUCUCAGUUUAUUGGUCAAAUGUCAGUCUUGGUGUCCACUGCAAGUUUGCUUGUGACUGCCUUGGAUCGUUUUUUCCUGGUGUUUUAUCCACUCAAGAGAAUAAUAACUCUUCGUAUCGCCCGGUUUUUGAUUGGCGUCAUUUGGAUUUUUGCGAUAGUGUUCACGGUGCCGUUAUUCAAAAUGACCACUUUAGUCGAAUUCAUGCCGGACUUUCAUGUUUGUACCUUCAAUUUUGGAAUCAUUGGUUACGUUAUCAUUUAUUUAUUAUUCUGCUACCCUGUGUUAGUAUUACUGCCUAUCAUUGCUAUCAUCCUCAUCUACGCUGCGAUUGGAUUCAAACUGAAACACACCACAGCACCUGGCAACCAACUCCCGUCAAAUCAACAUCGACGGGAACAGAUGAACCGCAAGAUAUUAACAAUGCUUGUCACUGUUGUUGUUGUGCUAAUCGUUUGUCGUUUUCCGUUCAUUUUUGGAACGAUGGCUUGUUUCUCUGGCUUAAAAGUUGUCUGCUCCUGGAACUCUCUAUUCCUUGGCUGGUUUCUGGUUUGCUUUAACAGUGGAAUUAAUCCUUGGAUAUAUUUCAUCUUUAAUGAGCAAUUCUUUCAGGGUGCAAAAUUACUACUGCGGAAGCUACUUCCGCGUUGUUUUAAAGUCACAAAUGAAGUGGAAAUGUUGGAAUCGACUGGACGUCAAAUCAAAACGCACACAUCACAAACACACGUGAGUAGCCAUGCGUGGAGUUCACGGUACAGUCCAGCGAACAAAUAA